AUGAAGGCAAUUACUCUCCUCGGAUUGGCAUUGCCAUCCCUCGCCUUGAAUAUCCCACAGCAGAUCCUCUUUCCCGGCUCCGUCAAUACCCCCAACCCCGCCCGAGAGACAUGUCCCCAGGCACACAAGGUCGCUACUCCCAAUGACGGCCUGCACCCGGCAUCGACCUUUCUCGAGGAUGCUGCUUUCCGUGCUCGUCAGGCCAAUCGGCUUUCGCGAGCAGUCCAGGUCCCCACGACGGUCGGAGACUAUGCCACGGAUCCAUACGACGAGGCGUUUGCACCAAUGGUAGAGUUCCAGAAAUUACUCCGGGAACUGUUCCCUCUAGUACACUCCGUUGCCGAGGUUGACCACAUCAACCGUCUCGGUCUAGUCUUCACCUUCCAAGGCGCAGACACCACCCAAAAGCCAAUCCUCUUCAUGGCCCACCAAGAUGUAGUCCCAAUCGACGACGCAUCCGACUGGACUCACCCACCCUUCGAAGGAUACUUCGACGGCGAAUGGAUCUGGGGCCGCGGCUCAAGCGACUGCAAGAACGUCCUCAUCGGCCUGAUGUCCACACUGGAAGACCUCCUCUCCCAGGACUGGCGCCCACAACGCACAAUCCUCUUCGCAUUCGGCUAUGACGAAGAAUCCCACGGCUGGCUAGGCGCAGGCUCAAUCGCCCCAGUCCUAGAAAAGAAAUACGGAAAAGACAGCUUCGAAUUCAUCCUCGAUGAAGGCGGCAUGGGUCUCCAAAGUCUCGGCUCCUCCUCCGACGGAGAAGUCCUCUACGCCCUCCCCGGCGUCGGUGAGAAAGGCAGCUUGGAUCUCGUCAUGGAACUCGCUGUUCCAGGCGGCCACUCCUCCAUCCCUCCAGCCCACACCGGAAUCGGCAUCAUGGCCGAAAUCAUCUACGAGCUCGAGAACCAAGAUCUCUUCUCCGCCUGGCUCGAUGAAUCCCACCCCUCCUUCGGCAUGCUAGCCUGUCAAGCCCGCUACUCCCCCUCCGAAGUUGAGUCCUGGCUCUCCACCAAACUAGCCUCCGGCGACCCAGCCGCGCUCGCCGAAUCAGUCGCUCAAUCCCGCGGCCCCGCGGUCCGCUACACCCUCCAGACCUCCCAAGCAACAGACCUCUUCCACGGCGGCGUGAAGACAAACGCUCUCCCCGAGAAGAUCUCCGCUGUAGUAAACUACCGCGUCGCACUGCACCAAACAGCCGAUCUCCUCCGCGAGCGCGCAGUCCGCAUCAUCACCCCCAUCGCCGCGAAGCACAACGUCUCCCUCGAAGUGAACUUCCCCGGCCUGGAGACGGAAACCAUGCCAGACAUCGUGGCCGGUGCUCGCACACUCACCCUCUCGCCUCUCAGCGAUCCGCUCGACCCGGCCCCCAUCUCGCCAACGGACCCCCUCACCUCGAAAACAUGGGCGCGGUUCGCAGGCGUAGCCCGUAGCGUCUUCGAGUCGCACCCCAACCCUCUGACACCCGAGUCCACCUCCACCCCCACUGUUGUCGUCACAGGCGAUAUCAUGACUGGAAAUACCGAUACUCGGUUCUACUGGUCUCUGUCGGAGAACAUUUACCGAUGGAGUCCGUCCCGGAUGGGUGGAUCGGCGAAUAUCCACACGGUCGAUGAGCGGAUGCAUUUGAGUGCCCAUUUGGAGGGGAUGAUGCUUUACUAUGAUCUGAUUCGCUCGUUUGAUGCUUGGGACGAGGACUCACAGUAA